UCUAAUUGUUAAACCACAAUCAAAUUUACUAUCAAAUUAGAUUAAAAUUAGUUGAAACCACAUAAUCUGUACACUUAAAGUUAAUUAAUUAUGUGUGUCUUGAGAUUUAGUCUGUUUUUAAGCAUUUUGAUUGAUUCCAAUUGAACUCCAAGUUUAUCUUUUCCAUAUUUGAUUGAUGAUUUGCAAAUGACUAGAUGAUAGUAUCUUUAGAUUUAGUCAAAGCUUCGAGAGCUGAAUUCAAUGCAAGAAAACUAAGGUGAGUUGAAACCUCAGUAAAUUUCAAAUUCAAAAUCUACGAAAGAUGAAUAAAAGAAAAUGAAACAAAAGCAACGUGAUUAAUACUGAUUCUCAUUUACCAUGAUAUUUACUAUUAAAACUCGAACUUUUGUGCAGUUUAUAACUGGUAGAUCUAAACUAGAGAGACUUAAAAAUAUUAUCAUGUUGAAAUAUAAUAUAACUCAAACCUCAGUAAAUUUCGUAUUCUAAAUCUACUGUAUUAGUUAUUGUGCAUUUAUGGCUCGAAUUUGAAGUUUUUUAAAGAUUUUAUCGAAAAUGAGAUCGAUUAAAUAGUUUAUAGAUUAUUUGUAGCUCGAUUAUUUUUCACCCAUUUGAUCGAUCAUUCAAUCGAUUGCAUCAAACGAUUUUUUGUUCAAUCGGCUUGUCAGUUACAUUUUUUUGUUUGUUGAUGAUUUAUAUUCCCAGUUUAAACCAUUUUCAUCGAAUUUAAUAAUUAAAACAAUUGUUAUAACAAACUAAGUGAACUGAGGACACUCAUCUCCUGUCGCUGUGAAUACCUAGAGUCUCUCUCAUAACAUUUAUCGCUUCAUCGGCUAUCAAGCAAAAAUUUUUUACUUCAUCAUUUACUUUGAGCAGAAAACAGUAAAUUUAAUAUUCCAAAUAAAUUCAUAUUUAUCGGUGCAAUUAUUUUCCACCAUCGAUAGAUAAUUUUAUUGAUACUGACCGACCAGUAAAUGUAUAAAAAAGGGACCAAUGGCUUCAACCAACAUGAUUGACGAGUUUGAAGAUCCGAAUUGGGUUGAUUAUCUUAAUCCAACACAACAAAAGGUUUUGAGUGAUCUUAAAAAUCAGCAACAAGAAUUUGAUAUUCAAUACCUUGAAUGGCAACGGGAACUGGAAGCUUGGAGAAAAGCUAAUAUCAAUUAUAGUGAUCCCAAAUCUUAUCGAGAAUAUGGUCAACAAUGGGAAGAAUGGAAAAAUAAACUAUUGGCCCAAAAAGAUCAGAUGCAAAGGCUUUACAAAUUAACACUAAUUCAGUUGAAAUCACAAGCAUCGAAUCAAAAGGAGCAGAAAAGACAAAGUAUCCAAAAUGUUAACCAAUUACCACCACCGCAACCAAAUUAUGCUCCUUCUAAUCCUCAGGUGAUAUCACAACCUGCUCACUUUUAUAAUCAAUACCAAUCUUUCAAUCGUCCGGUUGACCCAAGUUCUCAUUAUUUUACUGGUCAAAGGCUACCAACUGCUGUGCCAUAUCAACCAAGAUUCACACCAAUGGUUCCUCCACAACAUGUCUAUCCAGGAUCUAUACCCUUACAUUUGAUGAAUGCAAAUACUCAAAUGGCUCAGUCUCAGAUUCACCCAACUCAACCCAUUCAUUCAAAUCUACCACAAACUAAUUCUGGAUUGAUUAGUGCUCCAGGGCAGCUUAAUUUACAGGCUUGGAAUGCACGUCUACAUGCCCCAGUCAUGUAUCCUCAUCUGCUUGCUGCUCCACCACCACCACCUCCUCCACCGCCGCCACCACCACCUCCUCCUCCACCACCGCCUCCACCAUCAACAUCAUCAUCAUCAAUGUCAACUCAAUCGGUGUCGGUUGAAUCAAAAGAUAAACCUCCAAAAUCCCAACCACCAGCAUCCGACAAAUCACAAUAUUCAUCCUCAUCUACUAAUAACAUGGAUGAUAUUGUUAAACGAGCUAGUCAAAAGAUUCCUGGUCUUGGAAAAUAUUUAGAUAAUGAUGAUUUGGAUAAUGAUUCUCACUCCAAAAAAACUUUGCCAACAAUUGAUCUUACAGGAGAGACACCGACGCGUUUAGAUACUGGUUGUUCAAAUGAAAAUGUCCUGAACCUUUCUAAGAAUUCAGGUACUUGUUCUAACCAAGAUUCUCUUGAGAGAAGAAAAACAAAUGAAAGUGUUCACAGUACUGAAAGAAAAGCUCCCGAAAGUUUUGAUAGAUUAUCAUCAAGACGCGAUCAACAAGAUUAUCCGAAGUUCAGAGAGUCACAAAACAGUUCAAAUCAAAAUGAUUUAGUAAAAAAAUCAAAUUUGAUCAGUGAUAGUGACUCCGAAGAAGACAUUCUGAUAGAACAAGUUGUGAAUGAUAAACAAAAUAAACCUUUUGAUUUGACUGGAGUCAUGAAUCAAAUGAAAUCAAUUAAACCAAUUGAUCAACAAGCUUCUCAACCAUCAAAUCUAGAAAAUGAUCACACCAACAUUUUGAAGCACCAACAAAACGCUCAGCAACAUCAAUCAAGGACAUUCCAAACCAGAGAAAAAAUCAGCACCGAAGGUCUUACGACUAUAAUUGAACAAAUUGAUUCUAGUCCUCAGCGAUCUCACCAUUUCUCGAAAAAUCAAACUCUUGGUGCCAGUCGAAGAGAUGAUAAUCAUGAAAGACAUCACCCUGAGAGUUAUCAUAAAAAUGACAAUCAAAUUUCUCGGUCAAGACCUGCUUAUGUGGCCAAAACAAUCCACUAUGAUCAUGGGUCACCCUCAAUCGUUGGUUCAACCUCGGAAGAUCCUUCUAAGAUGUUUAAUCGAUUUUCUUCACCUCAAACCUCGAAUCAACCUGGAAUACGCAAUUUAUCUCAUCCAUACAUCUAUCAGGGUCCACGAGGAGGGAUUCGACAACCACCACCAUUCAAUCGUGGUCCUUCUCAUGAUUCACUGGCCGCUCAAGGUUUCAACUUCAGUUCGAUGUCAAAUCGGCCACCACUAAGACCGUCUUUCAAUGAAAGACCGAGUUUUCGACCUCAGGCUAGAGGAUCUCAGUUUACAGGCUCUCCUAUUCCGCCUCAAAGACCCAAUCAAGUUUAUCCACCUACUCGUCUCUUACCACCAAUCCAAAGACCUCAACGAUUCGAGAUACCAGUCAAAGAGCUCACCAAUACAGACGAAGAGUAUUAUACUUCACCCCCAUCAAAAUUAGUAUCUUUAGAAGAGCUACUUUAUCCACCAACUCGUGAUUUUAGACCUAAAAAGAUCGUUAUCAUUUUGAGAGGUUUACCUGGCUCAGGUAAAACGCAUCUUGCUAAACUGAUCAGAGAUAAAGAAGCUGAACAUUGUGGCUCUGCGCCGAGAAUACUUUCAAUCGAUGAUUAUUUUAUGGUCGAAAAAGAUAUUGUUGUGACCGAUGAGAAUGGAAAACAGAUAAAAGCUAAAGAGUUUGUUUACGAAUAUGAGGAAUCUUUGGAAGAGAGUUAUAGAGAAAGUCUCUUGAAAGCUUUCAAGAAAACAGCCGAUGCUCCUUAUUUCAAGUUCAUUAUUGUGGAUGCGAUAAAUUGCUUAGUACCUCAUUUUCACGAAUUUCAGUCUCAUGCAUCUUCCAAAGGAUUUACCGUCUAUAUUUGUGAAAUGAAUGACAAAGACCCGAAAAGUUGCGUUAAGAUGAACGUUCAUAAUCGCUCAUUGGCUGAUAUCAAAAAAUUAUCAGAAAAGUGGAAUAAAACUCCAGAAAAUUACAUAAAACUCGAAUUUAUGAGUUUCUUAAACAAGAUUUCACAAGAAGAGGCAUUGGCAUCUUCUUCCGAGUCAAAUAUGGUUGAAAAACGACAAAACCCUGAAUCCCAAGAAGACGAUAUAAUCAAGAAGAAACUUGCCUUAGGCGUAAAUCCAAGUCGCGAUGAAGUUGAGGCUAAAGAGAAGUCGAGCAAAAGUCGUUGGGAACAAUUAGAAGAAUCGUCGAAAGUAGAUCAUGAUCGAUUGGACAGUUUCAAAGUGAAGCGUAAAAUAACCAUGGAUGAAUACUUACAAUUACCUGAUGAUGAUGACGAUCAUCAGCCCAACAAGAAGAGAGUUCGAUGGGCUGAUGUCGAAGAAAGAAAAAAUCAACAAAAAAUGAGAAAUUUAGGUUUCGUUGUUGGUCAGAAUUGGGAACGAGUUUUGGAUCCUGAUAAUCCCGAAAGGGCUUUGAACAAAACUAAAUAUAUUUGAUGAAAUUUAACCAUUACGAUUGGAAAAUGAUCUUUUUGAUUUAGAUACAAAGUACAAUAUAUUUAACAUGGUACAUCUAAAUCAAUUAGUGAAGGUUAUCAAUCAAAAUAUUUGCUAAUCGUGACAAUUAUUAGUCGUAACAAAUUUUUAAUCAAUUCAGGUGUCGGUUGAUAUUAUCUAAUUUCAAUUUUCUUACCAAUCAUUUUCAUUCAAUGUAACCAUCACUCUAUCAGUUUACCUCGUAAUGUCGCGCGUGAAUCAACUUGUAUCCGUAUUAAUUUAUUAUUAUUCAAAUCAUUUUACAACUGCAAUGGGAAAUACACUUAGAUAACAUAAUAUGCGAUAACUUAUAUAAAAAAUUUCUCAUUCGAAGUUUCCUAAUUUAAUAACAUUCCCUUAAUGGUUAUUAAUAACAACUAAUCCAUUUCUAUUGAUUUGUUCUCAUUACUCACUGAGUAAUUCAUUGAACUGAACUUCUUAUUCUGUUCAAAUAUAAUAAAACUUUUCGAAUCAUUGAUUUCAACUUGUUUGGUAAGUUCACUCUUAUAUCAAUUAAUCAGCUAUACGUGAUAAUAAUUAAACGAUUAUUUAUUUUCACAGAUUUUUACAUUGAUCGCUUGAUUGGCCAAUUUUAUUACCAUUGAUGCAACAUUUGGGUAGAAAAAUUAUUGGUUGGCUUGAUCAUAAGAGGAGUCGAACGGGCUUGAUAGUUACCAAUCCUGGUGUUUGAUAUCAAUUUUUCUAUCAAAUGGCUAAUUAAGAUAAACGAUCAAUAUUUACUUAGAUGAGUUUAUAUUAUGUCAAAAAAGUUAACUGGUAUCCUUUAAGACUUAGAUAUCGCGUUCAAAGGUCUUGAUAUGACUUUUGGUAUCUUGAGGUGAGAUAAUAUCUUUCCUAACAUUGUGGUGGUCGUAACGAUUACCUUGGAAAUAAAAAACUCUUUCCAUGCUUUGAGUCAUCGAUUGAUUUGAUUCAAUUUAAAUUAAAGAAAAACAAAAUCUCACAUUGUAGAGUGACAACGAAGUCGAAUGAGUUUUCGAUGUAUAAAUCAUGACAUCAAACACUCGACGUUUAAACAACUUUUUGACAAGACCUGUUCGAAAUUUUCUAAAUGUCUGAACUUCUUUUUGUACUUGUCAAAAAAAUACGAAACUCCAGCAAGAAAAAGGCUCAUCAAUGAAGAAAAUUCUGAAAAUCUUAUCAUGGAGGCAAAAAAUUCAUUAGUUUUUAUGAAAAAGAUCCUCUCUUACGAAUGCAAAUACUGUUCGAAGGAGUAAAGAAACGAUACAAAGUAAUAUUGAUAGUAUUCUUUUGAUGGUCAGUCAUAGUGUUUUUGAGUUUCUCAAGACAUUUUUGUCCUUAGAUAAUUUUGAUUUAACUGAUAAAAUAAGACGAAAUUAAUGUCUACAUAGACUUAAAAAAGAGAUUGUAUCAGAAAUUCGAGAUUUUAAAUGAGAGGUAAUAGUGAGAACCGUCUUGAUCUGUUUGCAUAAAAUCAACAUUACAUUUCAGCUAAAGUCGCGAAAGACUUUUAAUAGUUCAAAGGUUUCAUGUUAACUCGAAAUUUAAGAAAGUUUUAGGUGGAAUAUUUCACGAUUAUUUUACUUUGGAUCCUUUUUAUGAACUUUAAGAUUAUCUAUUGAUUUUGGUAAUAAAAUUGGAGACAAUUUCAUCUGGAUAAUUACUCGCAAGAGAUCAAGAUACUAUCGUUUACCUAUUGAUCUAACACCCUUUAGAAUGAACAUCAUUGAUCGUCACUUACAGUAUAUUGAUGAUUUAAUGUGCAUAUGAUUAAUGAGCAUUAGAAUAGUAACUAAAUUGAUUGCGACCUUUCAAGUGAUUUAACGAGACACGAGAUUAACCGAACCAAAUUAUUGACAAAACUAAACUCCAUUGUUUCUGCUAUUCAUAAUUUUUCGAUUCUCUGCAAUCUUGAGAUACUGAAGACUUUUAU